AACAAAGGUCAUCGUGUAAGAGUCUGGUGGUGGCUUGUCGAAGUGUCCGUGUCAUAGUGUUGAAGCUUAGCGAUUUAGGAGGAGUUUUUAACGCUGAAGAUUUUUGUCUUGAGGGAUUUUUGACAAGACGGCCUGCGAGGGUUGCAGUUUCAACCUGGUAGCCGUAUAGCAUGUGCGCGCGGCUGAUACGAGACUGUUAUGGAUGGAGCCAUGACAACAUGAAUCAGUCAUACAAAGUGGCUGGCAAGGAUGGCACGGAGCGUCUCUGCGAUCCACGGGAGAUCAGGGCACUUGAUAGCCACGUCAGCUCCUGUGGACACCAGAGCGCAAAGCGACAGGGGGAACAGGGGUCUGCCAUGCGUUUCUUAAACACCGGCUACAAACUCUCAGCAUCCUCGUUUUCGUCCGCCACCGGAUACAGUCCGCUGAGAAGACUUCAGGACCUGACCACCAUGGUGAACCACGCAGACGUGAGUCUGCAGGACAAGGACUUUCACGGGCGCAAUAAAUUGCACAGUCCCGUCGGCGGUGGCGAGUUCGGAAUAGGUCUGUACCACACGUCCAAUGCCCAAGGAAGCGCCGACAGGGCCGCUCUUCAGGAUCUCGACAAGAAUGGGUUUUCUCCGGUAAGCUCGGAUAGCUUGGAACACUUUCCGUCCAUCCCCAAUGGAUUUUUGCAUUUCGAGUCGACGCUGUUUGACAGCGGGGAUAGCAAAGACGAAGAGGACGAUAAAGUGGUCAGGUUUAAAAGCGCAUCAACCAAGUGCCAGAAACGAGAUCUGGCCGAUUCGAAAGCCCUCGACAGCCAGAGAUUGGACCCAAACGCAAACAAACACGGAAACCUCGUUGCUAAAAAUCUGGUGCGGGCUGACGCCUCCGCCAGUCCCUCAAAGUUGCCGGUUGAGGUGAUGAUGGAGGAUUUUGAUAGUAUGGAUGACUUCUCAGACAGUGAUUGUGAUUUGCCCAGCACUGUAAACAACAAUGCUUCAUUAUUCAGCUCUACUCUCACUAAAAGAUCAAAUUCACCCAGUGACUCGCAUUCGAAUCCUUCCAACAGCCCAAAGAAGAGACAACUUCCAGGUGUAAAGUACUCUCUUGGAGAUCUGGUGUGGGCCAAAUUCAACCGCAGACCCUGGUGGCCCUGUCAAGUUACCAAUGACCCACUGAUUGAAGUUCACUCCAAAAUGAAAGAUCCCAGUCGUCGGCCAUGUCGUCUUUAUUUUGUCAAGAUGUUUGGGGAGAUAAUAGACCAAGCGUGGGUCAUGGCAAGAGCCACGUUUCCUUUUGAAGGAGGUCAUCAGUUUGAAAAACUGCCCGUACUGAGGAGGAGAGGAAGGCAGAAAGAAAAAGAUUACAAAUACACGGUUCCCAAGCGUCUCGUGGCAUCAUGGAAAGCUAGCGUCUUAGAGGCAGAGGCGGCGCUGUCUAAACGGUUAAACGUUGAGCCCCCGUUGACCUUAAUUCAAGAUGUACACACAGAAGACAAGGCACCAAAAAGUCCAACAUCUACUACGUUAUCCACAAGCACACCUUUGUCCAAUGGACUGCAUUCAUCUAUGAAGAGCAUAGGCAAACCUAGCACUGGAAACAAAAAGAAGUCUUCCUCUAUGAAGAAGAACAGCUCAGCGGUGAAAUCCAAGAGCGACUCUUUCUCCAAAUUGUUGUCAAAUGUUUCAGACGACCACAGACUUUCUUCAGCUUCUGAAAAGUGUAAACCAGACCCUGUAGAUAGCCCUUAUUCAGAUAUCGACUCUGUCCCGAGGAUCCUUUGCCCCAAACGUUCGAAGGAAUCGCCUCUUAAAGAGGUGCCGAAAGAACCCAGCACUAAACCCAAGAAAGACCAGCCGAGUAAGAAGACAAAGAAAGCCUGCUCGGACAAACCGGUGAAGAAAAAAGAGACAAACGGUAGGAAUAAAAAGUCAACACCCAAAAACAAAACACUUAGAACCGCAAACUCCAGACAGAAGGAAAUCGGUUCCCCCGGUUCUUCUGACGGCUCUUUCGCCAUGCACUCUUUUUAUUUGCCUGCCAGCAGCGGCUUAAUGUCAAGAGCGCUCGCGGCCAGUGAAGAAAACGAUGAGAAAGACAUCGAACACUCGAAUCAGGAACCUCAAAAGCCGAAGUCUUGCUCACCACCAGCUGGAGACGACCCGUUGAGUUUUCACAAUAAAUGUACAUCACCCAAUGAGUCCUCGAAACACCAGUGGCAGGUAAAAAUGGAGACCACCGAAGAUUCCACAGACGAAUCAUUGUCCCACACACCCCCAAACCCAACCCUCAUCAAAUUUACCAGGAUUCGAACGGAGAAAAAUGGCAUUCGGCUUAACCGGUUUGAAUGUUUUAAAUCCGAGGUCAGUCGAUCCCCCACCAGUUCUGUUCAAAUGAAAAACGAGAGCGUGAUCUCGGACACGUCGUCUUUGUCAGACCCGUCUCCGUCCAUCUCGCCCACGGAUGCUUUCCGAGAUACGAAGGAGCUUUCUUUCAGGUCUCUCGUCAAAGAAGAAUGCAACUCGGGAGAGCCGUCGCUCCGGGCCGACUCCAAUUACAAAUUCAGCACUUUUCUCAUGCUGCUGAAGGAUCUGCACGACACUCGCGAGAAGGAAGGAAAACCUUUGACGCUACCGCCCGCUUCUCCAUCCUCUCUCAUCAGGGAAGAACCUUCUCUCAUCCCCACCGGAGAAGACACAACGGCUGACAUGUUUUCUGAAAAGGAAAGGAAGAGCGCUGGCGAUCAGAACGGUCAGCAGGUGAAGACGUCAACGCCGGUUAGCUCUAAACAAACCAAGGCCAAACCCAAAUUGUCAGUGAAAAAGGAGGCUCAAAAACAUGAGGGUGCGAGCAAUUUAAUCUCACAAGUCAAGAAGCAGAACGCAUCAGAAGGUCCUGAUGCAAACGAAAAAGGCUCUCCUCUGUUAGCAGGACUCUCAAAUUCGUCUCCUAUUUCUGUUCCUCGUGUCUGUGGCGUGGGCACCGUCUCCAGAGUCGCACCUAAGAAACGAUGGCAAACGUUUCAGUCUAACGUCGGUAAAAGCCCCAAGCUGAAUGACGAUGUCGUGCAGGUGUCCACCGAGCUAAACGGGGUUUUCACAGAAAGUCCUCAUGAAACUUCACAACCUGACGUCACAGAUCAAAAAGAGAGUUUGGAAAACAAAAGACUUCGAAAACCGAGUAAGAGGUUGAUUGAAUGCAGUGAGGAGAGCUUUACUACAAAGAAGAAAACUAAACCCUCUAAAGAGUCCUGUAAAACUGGACCUGAAGGGACGACAAACACUAACAGUGCACAAACACCAUCACAACAGAUUGAUGCUUUUAGUUCACCACCUGAAAACCAAUCUGAACGAUCCACACCUGAACCAUCAGAUAGUCACGCCUUAACUUCAACACCACUACCUGCAUCCUGUAUAGAAACCUCACAGGACAAAGAGUCAAGUGAAAAGAAACCUGCACCCACAGAAAGAAGACGACCUCGGAAGCCAAUACAUCGCAUUCUGGACUGGACUUUAGAGGAAGAGUCUCCAAAAAUCCCAAAGAAAAGAGAGAAUAAACAACCGGGUGAUGCACAAGAGGACUCGGUUAUCAGAGAUUUGCAGGAAGUGCCUGAACGUUUGUCAUUAAGUCCAUCUGCUGUGUCAGCUGCAGCACAAUGUGAAGAUGAAAUUAAAGCAUCGUCUCCAAUCCAGCACAACACCUCCAAUGUCUGUCAAACCUCACUGGAUGAAGGUGAAUCCAGUCCAUCAAAGCCUCCAGCCAAUGACGAGGACGCUCUCAUCUCUGAGGUUUUUGGUGCAGGACUCAAUGACAGCGCUUUGUCAAGCAGAGAUUCCUUAUCAGGUGACUUGGGACUGUCGACCAAUAGAAAGUCAGGAGAGAAGGGUGGUGGUGGUGGUGCGUCUUUAAAGGAAAAUGUUUGCCAGGUAUGUGAGAAGACCGGUGAGCUGCUCCUCUGUGAAGGUCAAUGCUGUGGUGCCUUUCAUCUGCAGUGCAUCGGCCUCACUGAGACACCUAAAGGUCGCUUUAUCUGCCACGAGUGCAAGACGGGUGUGCACACGUGUUUUGUGUGUAAAAAGCCUGAUAAAGAGGUCAGGAGGUGUAUGAUCCCUGUGUGUGGCAAGUUUUACCACAUGGACUGCAUCAUGAAACACACGCCCACCGUCGCUCAAAAUCGUGGCUUUCGCUGUUCCCUACACGUCUGCCUCACCUGCUACAUCACAAACCCCAACAACCCUGGCAUCUCUAAAGGUCGAUUAACCCGGUGUGUACGCUGCCCUGUGGCCUACCACGCCAAUGACUGCUGUAUGGCUGCUGGCAGCGUCCCAUUGGCCAAUAACAGCUUCCUGUGUCCCAACCACUUCACUCCACGCAAAGGAUGUAAAAACCACGAGCACAUUAAUGUCAGCUGGUGUUUUGUAUGUUCUGAAGGAGGAAGUUUGCUCUGCUGUGAAUCCUGUCCUGCUGCUUUUCAUCGUGAAUGUCUGAAUAUUGAGAUGCCUCAAGGAAGCUGGUACUGUAAUGAUUGUCUGGCGGGAAAGAAACCUCGCUUUAAGGAUAUUCUCUGGGUGAAAGUGGGCCGCUACAGGUGGUGGCCCGCUGAAGUGACUCAACCCAAAAGCGUUCCCGAGAAGAUCUACCGCAUGAGGCACGAGGUGGGCGAGUUUCCUGUGCACUUCUUCGGCUCCAAAGACUACGUGUGGACGUACCAGGCCCGCUGUUUUCCCUACAUGGAGGGGGACGCCAACAAUACUGAGAAAAUGGGAAAGGGUGCAGACGCCACAUACAAGACAGCUUUAAAUGAAGCAGCCGAUAGGUUCAAAGAAUUACAGGCAGAAAAGGAAAUGAGACAACUUCAAGAAGACAGAAAGAACGACAAAAAACCUCCUCCGUACAAACACAUUAAGGUGAACCGCCCUAUCGGUAAAGUGCAGAUCAUCACGGCGGAUCUGUCUGAGAUACCGCGGUGCAACUGCAAGGCCGAGGACGAGAAUCCGUGCGGCAUCGACUCCGAGUGCAUUAAUCGCAUGUUACUGUACGAGUGUCAUCCUCAGGUGUGUCCGGCAGGUGAACGCUGUCAGAAUCAGAGCUUCACCAAGCGCGAGUACACGGAGGUGGAGAUAUUCAGGACGCUGUCGCGUGGCUGGGGUUUACGUGGUGUGAGAGACAUCAAGAAGGGAGCGUUCGUGAGUGAAUAUGUGGGAGAAGUUAUUGAUGAAGAGGAGUGUCGCACCAGAAUCAAACAAGCACAGGAAAGUGAUAUCUGUAACUUCUACAUGCUCACACUGGAUAAGGAUCGUAUCAUUGAUGCCGGGCCAAAGGGAAACCAAGCGCGUUUCAUGAACCACAGCUGCCAGCCGAACUGUGAGACUCAAAAGUGGACGGUGAACGGAGACACGAGAGUCGGGCUGUUUGCUUUAGAGGACGUCCCCACAGGUGUGGAGCUCACUUUUAACUAUAACCUGGAGUGUCUGGGAAACGGAAAGACGGUUUGUAAAUGUGGAGCAUCCAACUGCAGUGGAUUCCUUGGUGUCCGACCUAAGAAUCAGCCCUCGUCUGAUGAUAAAACCCGGAAACUGAAGAAGAAAGUUGGAGCGAAACGUAAGAGUCAGUUAGAGGUCACCAAGGAAAGAGAAGAUGAAUGUUUUUACUGUGGAGAUGGAGGACAGAUUGUAUCUUGUAAGAAACCCGGCUGUCCCAAAGUCUACCAUGCUGACUGUCUGAAUCUGUCCAAGAGACCUGCAGGUCGCUGGGAGUGUCCAUGGCAUCAAUGUAAUGAGUGCGGUAGAGAGGCGGCGUCUUACUGCGAGAUGUGUCCCAACUCUUACUGUAAACAGCAUCGCGAGGGAAUGCUCUUCAUCUCCAAACUAGAUGGCAAACUGUCCUGCAGUGAACAUGACCCGUGUGGCCCCGAUCCUCUGGAGCCAGGGGAGAUUCGAGAGUACGUGUCCAGCUCUCCCGUCUUACACCCACCUCCCAACACGCCGGGCAGGAUACCCCCACCGACGCUUCCGCCUGCCGCUCCGCUCUUCAUCCCUGCUCCUAACAGACCCGUGUUCAAAGCUCAAAGAGAGCCGUACGACGACGAGAUGGACGAUGUGGUUUUGCCGUCCUCGUCCCCUUGUAAAGACAUUAAGGAGGAAGAUGUUAGCGAUGAAGGGGAGGUGGUGGAGGGAGUCAUAGGAGAUGAGGGAGAAGACGAAGGCCUUGAGAUUGUAGAUGAUGAUGAUGAUGAGGAGGAGGAGGAGGAGGAUGAAGGUAUGGACUAUAGAGGCUUGGGGUUUGAGGAUGAGGGGGAGGAGGAUCACUGGGAAGAUGAAUGCGUAGAUGAGGACUUUGAAGAUCCUGAGGACUUAGGAGAAGUGGAGGAAACAUCGUGGGAUGAGGUCAUCGAAGGAGAAAGUGAAUCCCGCUAAACAUUUCAUGCACACAAAAACUCUCUCGCUUCUGAGCACAGCGCACGAGCGGUAACAGUGAAGAGCGGGAAACAUAAACUGCCAUUUAUCCAGAUGGAUACACAACUUGAAAAACAAUGGACAUGUGUAGCUUGCCUUCUCAGUCCAAGUCCUCUUUGAAAAGUAGACGGAGAGGUUUGGACCCCUGGUGCUGUGGGACUGUGUCUAACUCGGUCCUGUUGUGGGUUUAUUCAUGUCUGGUGCUCUUUUGUGCAUUUGAUUUCCUUCUCAAACUGUUUACAUUCUCUUAAACUCUGAUCUGAAUACAUUGGAUGACCUCAUGUAAGGUAGAAAUGGGACGGCACCAGAAACUCUUAAGAAGCAACACUUUGAUUAUCUGUGACAAAUAGAUGUUGAUCACGCUGUUAAAAGAUCUCAUCGUUUGUUUAUUUAUAGUUUCUAAUAAAAGAAACAAAAAAAUGUUAAUGCUUCCACUUCACACCAAUCUGGCUUGAAAUUCCACCCGGGGUUUUUUUGUCAGGUUUUCCUCUAAACUGACCUACAUGAAGUAGGGUUCAUGAUUUAAGCUUAAAGGAACAGUAUGUAAGAAAUGUACAUCAAUUAAUCAUAAAAUGACCCUGAUAUGUCACUAGACAUUAAGAAAUCAUUUUCAUUUCAAAUACUUAUAUUACUGACAAUAGUAGUCUGAUCAGGAUAUUGUCAUUUAAAAAGUGGAGUUGCAGCCCUCAACUGAUGUUUAUGUUGUCAUGUUGUGUAUUGGCCACCAGUUGUGUGAUUGCAGUACCAGCUUUGGCCACAAUCCUACAUACUGUUCCUUUAAACAAGCGUUUUCAGCUCAUCAUCGGUGACGAAAGAGUCGAGAGUUUUUUGUAAAUUGAUGUCCUGCUGCAGGGUUUGAGGCUUUUGAUGAGUUUUAGCUUCUUGGAUGUUACAGGACGACGUUUACAUUUCUGCUUUGCCAAGUUACUGAAAUUCAAUCACCAUCUUGAAAUACGAUCAGGUGCCUCACUUCGGUAGCUCUUAAUCAUGUUUCUAGACCACGUUAUAAACCUGUAGAUUCUGUUCUUCAGGUAUGUUUGAUGUUUAUUUGUGUGUCUGUCAGCGGGUGAACUUUAAAAGGCACCUAUGAAUGUUUUGCACUCUUUUAGAGUUGAGGAGGAAUCUCAAUCAUGUUUUCAUAAAACCCAUAAUAGAGAAACCAUUCACCCUUCAUAUUAAAUACAGGUGGGUUUUUUUAUAAAGCCUCGGUUGAAAUGCACACGUAUCAGGGCAUUUAUGUCUAAACGCUGAGGUUAAUGUGAUGAGAGAAAGCAUCUCAUCUCUUCAGACUCAAUGCAGAAACAUUUAAGGGACGCAGAUGACCCCUUAAACCAGAAUAUUUAGUUCUGUCCCUGCUUUCCUUCAUCAGAUGAACAUCUUUGUUUCUCAUAGUCUAGUAACAAUGUCUUUUAAAUGUUUUAAAAUCAUUUCUCAUACUAUCACUGUUUAAAAAAAAUGUAAGCACCUUUUUGUUUUGCAAUAUUCUGCACCAAAUCCUUCUUUGAGAAGCUUCCUCAUGUAGGAAAACAUUGUGCUUAUUUAAAAUAGAUGGAUUUGGAGAUGUGAUGUCACUGUUAUUGGCCAAUGGUUCAGUGUCACUUGGCCUUACCCUACAAUUUCUGGCAUUUUGUUUUUGUUCAAAAGUAAAUCAUGUGAAUGCUUUUUUAAAAACCUUUUUCAUGACAUCAACAUCUUUUGUACUUCUCUCUUCAUAACUCUUUAUGUAAGUCGAGCUUUUCUUUUGUAUUUAUGGUCCUGGUGUAAUCUCUUGGUUUUGUGUUUCUUGUCUUUGAUGAAUCUGCUGCUCAGGCCCUUGAUACAUGAAGAGAUGCAGAUGACCGCUUCCUGAGGACAAAAUGUUUAGAGACACAUGAUUUUGUACUGUACCUUGUGCAUAAUAAAUAUUAUAAGUGAAAUUUUACAA